GCACUAGGAUGAGCAGCCGCAGCGCACCGUGCCAUGAAUUAUUGAGGCAGGUAGAGCAUCGCCUUGGCCCCGUGCCACCUUCCUCCUUCCAGGGGUGGGACGGGCAGCUCAGGUUUCUCCUGAGCCGCGGCGGGGCCUGGAGACCUUUGGACCAUGACGUGAGCACCGGGAAGCCCUUAAGAGGCGGCGCAGGGCACGGGGCACAAGCAGCCGCACACCUGCAGCCAUGACCGUCCCCAUCGCCAAGUCCUUCUAUGACCUGAGCGCCACCUCCUUGCAGGGGGAAAAGGUGGAUUUUGGUGUUUUCCGGGGCCGCGUGGUCCUGAUCGAGAACGUGGCUUCGCUCUGAGGCACCACGGUGCGGGAUUACACCCAGCUCAACCAGCUCCAAGCCCGCUACCCCCGGCGGCUGGUUGUGCUGGGCUUCCCCUGUAACCAGUUUGGAUACCAGGAGAACGGCACCAAUGAGGAGAUCCUCAACACCCUGAAGCACGUGCGGCCUGGGGGUGGCUUCGAGCCCAACUUCACCCUGUUCCAGAAGUGCCAGGUGAACGGGAGUGACACCCAUCCCGUGUUCGCCUACCUCAAGGCUCACCUGCCUGCACCGGCCGACGAGCCUGCACACCUGAUGGCCGAGCCCCGCUUUGUCGUCUGGAGCCCUGUGCGGCGCUCCGAUAUCUCCUGGAAUUUUGAGAAGUUCCUGGUGGGGCCUGAGGGGGAACCGUUCCGGCGCUACAGCCCACGUGUGCCCACGGCCCAGCUGGAGCCUGACAUCCAGCGUCUCCUCAAGCUGGCCAAGUAAUCCUAGCUCCAGUGUGAUCCUGGCUCUGGUGUGAUCCUGGCUCCGGUGUCACCCCGGAAUGGCCCCAGCUCUCCGCAGAGUGACAGCCCCCUCUGAAACCUCCAUGGGGAGGGGGCUUGAUGGGGGCAGAGGGUUGGAGCCGCCGGGGCGGCGUGGGCUGGUGGCAAUAAAUGAGCCGCAGGGAGCAUGCCUGGAUCCACGUGGUUUUUGGGAGUGUAAAUGGAUCCAUGCGGUUUUCAGAAACAUACCCAUACCCAUGUGGUUUUGGGGGGCUCUUGGUGGGAACAGGAAGGAGGACACAGCCCUGAUAGGCCAGAUCCAGGAAAUGGAGGCUCAGGGAUAGGUGGGUGCCAAGCCGGCUGCACCCAGUUCCCCAUGGGUGUUGCUAGGGCUGGGUGCCAAGAGCAACAUUUCACCCACCCCAGGGCAGUGAUUUCCCACACCCAGCUCCUUCCCGCCUCAGGAAUAUGGAAUUCCCAGCAGGGCAGGGCCAGGUUCCAAACCCCAGGGCAGGGGGAAGUGACCCCAAACCAACUCCAUGGGAAGGGAAAAAGAUCCAAGUCCUUUCUCUGCAGGGACUAGGAGAGCACUGGGAGAGUGCAGUGGACUCCCCAGUGCUGGGAAGGGC